UCGGUCUUCGGGCCGGAAGUGAGGAAGGUGGGGCAUGCCUUAAUUCUAGCAGAAAUAAGUAGGUCCUGAGGGAGUAAGGAAGGGGAAGAGUGUCUUUGUGACACUGCUAGCAGCGUUGAGGGCAUGGGAGUCUGACGAGGCUCUCGGAGGGACCCAUAUCGCUGAGACACCGCUGGCACUCUGAGGGACGCGUGUCGGUGUGGCACCGGUGCAUGCUGAAGGAGCGGGUGGAACUGGGUGACCAUGGGGAUGUGGGCAUCGGUGGACGCUAUGUGGGACUUCCCUGCGGAGAAGCGAAUCUUCGGGGCGGUGUUGCUCUUUUCCUGGACCGUGUAUCUUUGGGAGACCUUCCUAGCACAGCGGCAGAGAAGGAUAUACAAAACAACAACUCGUGUACCACCAGAAUUAGAACAGAUCAUGGAUUCAGACACAUUUGAGAAAUCUCGACUGUAUCAACUGGAUAAAAGUACAUUCAGCUUCUGGUCAGGACUCUAUUCAGUGGUGGAAAGCACUUUUAUUCUUCUCUUUGGAGGAAUCCCUUACCUCUGGAGACUUUCUGGACGGUUCUGUGGUUCUGCUGGCUUUGGGCCAGAAUAUGAGAUCAUUCAGUCUUUGGUGUUCCUUCUGUUGGCCACACUCUACAGUGCACUGACUGGCUUGCCGUGGAGCAUCUAUAAUACUUUUGUGAUAGAAGAAAAGCACGGCUUCAAUCACCAGACUCUGGAGUUUUUUAUGAAAGACACAAUCAAAAAAUUUAUUGUGACUCAAUGUAUUUUAUUGCCUGUGUCUUCUCUUCUGCUUUACAUUAUUAAAAUUGGAGGUGAUUACUUUUUUAUUUAUGCCUGGCUGUUUACAUUAGUUGUUUCUCUGGUUCUGGUCACAAUUUAUGCUGAUUACAUUGCCCCUUUGUUUGACAAAUUCACACCUCUUCCUGAGGGAAAGCUUAAACAAGAAAUUGAAGUGAUGGCAAAGAAUAUUGACUUUCCUCUGACUAAGGUGUAUGUUGUUGAAGGAUCUAAGCGCUCUUCCCACAGCAAUGCUUACUUUUAUGGCUUCUUCAAGAACAAGAGAAUAGUUUUGUUUGACACUCUACUAGAGGAAUACUCUGUACUAAACAAAGACAAGCAGGAGGAGCCUGGCGUGGAGCCCCGCAAUGAUGGCGAAGGAGACAGUGAAGAGAUAAGAGCCAAAGUGAAAAAUAAGAAACAAGGAUGUAAAAAUGAAGAAGUACUGGCUGUUCUUGGCCAUGAACUGGGACACUGGAAGUUGGGACACACAAUAAAAAAUAUAAUUAUUAGUCAGAUAAAUUCCUUCCUGUGUUUCUUCUUGUUUGCUGUGCUAAUUGGUCAAAGGGUGCUUUUUGCCGCCUUUGGUUUUUAUGACACCCAGCCCACUCUGAUUGGACUCUUGAUCAUCUUUCAGUUCAUUUUCUCACCUUACAAUGAGGUUCUGUCGUUCUGCCUAACAGUCCUGAGCCGCAGGUUUGAGUUUCAGGCCGAUGCUUUUGCCAAGAAACUUGGGAUGGCUAAAGACUUAUAUUCUGCUUUGAUCAAGCUAAACAAAGACAACCUGGGCUUCCCAGUUUCUGACCGACUGUUCUCCACGUGGCACUAUUCACACCCGCCCCUGCUAGAGAGGCUUCAGGCUUUGAAAGCCACAAAACGAGACUGAGCCACACGGUGACUGGACACACUUGUGAUUAUUUCUGGCCUGGCAGCAUGUUCCAGCUCUCGAUGGUUUCAAGUUUUUAAGGAAAAUGAUUAAGUCCAUAAAAGUCCAGAUCUAAAUACAUUUACUAUCUCAUUUCAAAGAUGAUUUUAAUAAUCGAUUUCUUAAAACACUGGAUAAAAAUUUGAGGCUUAAUAUUUUUAAAGCAUAGUCUUAUCUAACAUCUGGUUUACCAUCAAUUGUAAACUUAUUUAAGGCAAUGCACACCUCGUUUUAUUUCCUCACUGUGGAAUCUGCAUAUAGGGUGUUCGGGUCGUGUGUUUAAAAGGGAAACACCACCUCCAAGUCUUUUCUGCAAGAUGGAAACAGAAAGAGUGCUCCUAAAUCACUGUGCGUGUACCUCCGUGGAGUUUGUUUUUAUCUUCAUGUAGUUAUGACUUUAACCUGGCCAAUCAGUGUUUUAAAUAAGAAAGAAAAGUAAAAAUGAGUAAGGCUAAUGCUACUGAAA